UUGGAAAAUAAAAAUGAACAUUUUCAACAACAACAACAACAACAAUAAUAAUGAUAAUCGAGAUUCAUCAUUUUCUAAAUCCCGUUUUCAAGUGACCCCAAGAAUAGAUAUCGAAUCGGCUAUAGAAGAUUUAGGUGAAUUUCGUUCACCAACACCGUUUGCCGGUAAUGGUGGUAUUUGUGAUCAUGAUCUAUCUAAUGAACCAUUAUUUGAAUUGGAAGAAAAUGGCAAUAAUAAUACUGUCACUACAACAUCAUCAUCAACUAAUUCAUUUUAUAAUACCAUUUAUAAAUAUCGAAAACUCAAACAAGGUGGUAAUUCUUUGGAUACAGUUUUCUUUCCACCACCACCAAAUCGUCGAUUAUCAACCUAUCCACAUUCGGUAGUGGGGGUACCAUUUUAUAAUGAAAGAAUUUUGGUUUAUAAUUUCCUACAAAGACCUACCGGUGCAUGGGCAAUUGGCUAUCAUGUAUUUGUUUCAUUGGCAGUUGUUUAUUGUCUUAUUUUAACAAUUAUAUCUACUUCAUCAACAGAAUAUGGAAAUUCUCUGGCAAAAACGCUUAAUACUAUCGAUUAUAUGAUUGUAACAUUUUUUAUUGUAGAAUUUUUAGCACGUAUAUGGUCAUCAGAAUGUGUUUCCUACUAUCAAGGAUGGAAGGGAAAAAUUCGUUUCUUUAAGAAUCCAAUCCGAAUCAUCGAUCUUUGCGUCAUAAUAGUUUCAUUAGCAGUGUUGAUCUCAAAUAUACAUGGUGAACUAUUGAUCACAUCAUUACGUGGUGUACGUUUCAUACAAAUAUUUCAAAUGGUUCGAUUGGAUUUCAAAUUUAGACCAUGGCGCAUGAUGGCUUCCGUUGUUUAUUCACAACGAAUUCAUUUGGCCAUUGUAUUCUAUAUGGGAUUCUUGGCAUUAAUACUCAUCUCAUUUGUAAUAUAUUUUGUUGAAAAAGAUUAUAAUGAAGAUUUCGAUAGCCUUGCAGCAUCAAUGUGGUGGGCGGUAAUCACAUUAUGUACAAUAGGCUAUGGUGAUAUGUAUCCAAAAACAUCUACCGGAAAGUUAUUAGCAUGUAUCUGUUCGUUGAUAGGCGUCUCGAUAUUUGCUCUACCUGCCGGCAUCCUUGGAACUGGUUUAGCUCUCAAGGUACAAGAACAACAACGGCAACUAAAAAUAAGCAAACGUAAACAACCAGCAGCUCGUCUAAUACAAUGUGCAUGGAAAUUAUAUGUCGCCGAACAAGAAUUGAUUCGCACAUCAGAUAGUAGUAAAUAUAAUAUUGGCAAUGGUAAUACAGCAUCAACAUUAAGCUGUUUUCGAUCAGUCAUUUGGAAACGAUUUGAAACAAGUAAAAAUAAAUCAAAAACAUUGUCUUGGAAAGAAAUGAAUGGCCUAUGUUUUGUGUUUGCCGUCAAAUUUUGUAUAUCAAAAAGAGAUUUUGUCAAAGCCUUCAAACCAUAUGAUAUAAAAGAUGUAUUAGAACAAUAUGCCGCUGGCCAUGCAGAUAUGUUGGCAAAAAUACGAAUCAUGGAUCAUCGAUUAGAAAAGAUUCAAUCGAAUUCAAUUUCAGCUAAAGCACAGCAUGAUAUUAGAUUACGUUUUCUAACACAUAUAAGUAAACUUGAAUAUGAGAUGCAAAAAAUGCAAAUCAAUCUAAAUGAUUUGAUGCACUAUCAGGUGAAUUCACGGUUAAUCAUUGAAAAUCUAUUAAAAUAUCUACUUGAUCAACAAAUUUCAUUGAGAUGUCUUUCAAAUAAUAAUAAUAAUCGUUGUCGUUUCGGUAGAUUGAAUCAAAUGGAUGAAUGUAAUGUUUGUUCCAAUACUAAUAAUCGAACAACACAAUUAUUAUCACAAUUUCAUAAACUAAAUUUUGUUGAUAAACUUGAAAAAAUAUUUCAAACUUUUAAUCAAGAUGUAUUGUUACAUGUUAUUGGUAAUAAUAACAACAACAAUAACAACAACAACAACAACAAUGAUAAUAAUAAUCAUUGUCAUAGCCAUUCUUGUUCCUAUUCACAGCAGCAAAUCAAUCAUGCUCAUCAACAACAGACAAUUGUCCAAAGAAGGCGGCUUUCAUUUUGACAAAACGCCUCUACUAUUUUGUUUGUUUUUUUUUGUAAAUUUUUUUUCUAUCUCUUUUCUUCUCAUUAUAAUUUAAAUUCACCUUUUUUUACAUACAUAUAGAUCUGAUAUAUUUUUUUUUUUUUUUUUUUUGAUGUUUUAUGCUUUACAUACAAUGGAAAUAAAUGACUUUAUUAUUAUAUAAAUCAUGAUCAUAAUUUAUUUGAUUGAUAUGAAUGGAUAAAACAUUCAAAAGUCAAUGAAAGGAAGCCAACAUUUCAGUGGUUGAUCACCAUCUAAAAAAACACACACACACACACCUGUU